UUCCCGUCUGGCCCCGCCCCCUCAUCCCGGGCUGCGCCCGAGAGCUGGAGUCGGGAAGUGGCUCUGGAAGCCCGAAGGCGAGCGCCUACUGCCCGGCCGCGUCCGCCGCCGCCGCCGCCGCCCUUGAACUUCGGCCACAGCCACGGCCACGGCCACGGCCGGCCCGCCUCGUGAGCCAGGGGCUGCAUGGAGGGGCUGGCGAUCCUUCGCCUGCUGUGGACCGCGGCGACUCUGGGCGCCGCCGCUGCCGAAGCCCACCCCCCACCUGUGACCAAUUUCAGCAUUUCUGUGAAGAACCUCUGUACGAUCUGUUGGGAGUGGAGUCCUCCAGAGGGUAUCAAUGCAACGUGUAAGCUGUGGUAUGCUAGUCAUUUAGGGGAGGACAAGGUAAUCAGUUUAAACAACUUUCGGACUGAAGAAGUGGCCCUAAAUGAAAGAGUUUGCCUCCACGUGAGAUCACAGUGCAGUGUGGGGAGCACAAAUCCUAGUGAUGCCGUAGAAAUGUGCACUGUGCCCCCAGAAGGUGACCCAGAGUCUGCUGUAACAAGACUGCAGUGUAUCUGGUACAACCUGAGCCAAAUGAAUUGCACGUGGCUCCCUGGGAAGAAGGCACCUCCUGACACAAACUACACUCUGUACUACUGGUACAGCACUCUGGAAAAAAGUCUUCAGUGUACAAACUACUAUUUGGAGGGUCAACUCAUUGGGUGUUCUUUUGAGCUGCUUAAAGGAAAUGUUUCAGGUUCUGAAAAAAUUCAAAUAAUGGUCGCAGACACAGCCGGAGCAAUUAGACCCUCCUAUAAUAUCACUUUGUUAAAUUCUGUGAAACCUGAUCACCCUGUCAUAACGGCCCUCUCCUUCCAGAACGACAGCCUGUACGUGGAGUGGGAAAGUCCAGAAAACUUUGAGAGCAAUUGCUUAGUUUACCAGGUGGAAGUCAAUGACAGCAAGCCAAAGAAACACAAAGUUGAAGAGUCUAAAAACAAAUGCCACAUCUCACAAACGCCUCAGGAGCUUCCAAGAAAUUCCAAGCAUAAAAAUUGUCUCGUGAUCGAGCAUGUUAACCGUGAAGCUUUGUACACGGUCAGAGUGAGAGCCAAAGCCAGUAAGUAUUGCUUUGAAGAUGAUAACCUCUGGAGUGCCUGGAGUCCAGAGAAAACCAUAGGCCAGAAGUCCGACUCUACAUUUUAUACCGUCACAUUACUCUCCAUCCCAGUCGCUAUCUCCAUCUCUACUCUUCUCCUGCUGCUAUAUUUAAAGAGACUGAAAAUCAUUAUUUUUCCUCCAAUUCCUGACCCUGGGAAGAUUUUUAAAGAGAUGUUUGGAGACCAGAAUGAUGACACCCUGCACUGGAAAAAGUAUGACAUCUAUGAAAAGCAAAUUAAAGAAGAAACUGACUCAGUGGUGCUGGUUGAAAAUCUGAAGAAAACGUCUCAACAAAGUGAAUAAUUUAUUUGGAUGUCACAUGUGACUGCCAGGAAAUUUCUCCCAUCCUCCAUUAGUUACCGUGAAAAUCAUUCAGUGAAAACUGAACCUUGGGCCAGCUAGUUCAGAAGGGGCAGGUUAUCAGUUUCAGGUUCACAAGUCAUGCACCUAAAAUCCAGGGAGAGGAAUGGGCCAUUCCUAUGGAAGCAAAAACGACAAGAUUUUGUGACGGUUACAAAAUUUAAUAUUGGGAGAAACCACUUUCUUUGGAAGCCUACCCAGCCCCCCCCCCCCUCCAAAAAAAGUUGGCAUUAAGGAUUGCACAUUCAAACUUGUGCUGGUUUCUCUUUCACCAGUCAGCACCAGAUGGCAGUGUGUUUUGGUUUUGGUUUUGGUGUUAAGUUUUAAUGUAGGAGAGUAACUAGAGAAUAUUUACUUUCAUCGAGAAAAAUUGGUGAGCUGAUAUACUUCCAAUUUUUAUCCUUCUCAGAAGUUUGUUGCCUUUCAUGACCCAUGAUAAGCCAGAAUCACAAGUGCCCUUCAGUGCCUGUCCUAAGGUUGCUUUGAUGAAAAGUGGGACGUGAUAAUCCUACCAGGAUGAAAAACUUUCAUUUGCUUCAUUUGGGCUUCAUUGGUAUUUUUCCUUUUUCUAAUUCUGAGAUGGUUUUAUUGCAAUCUUCCAGUAAGAGAUGGGCUUAUUACAGACCAAGUAGAGGGUCCAAUUGAGAUGUUGGUCCCUUCAGGUUACAACUCUGCCAAUAUGUAUAUACUGGACAAAAAGAAUUCCUAGCUUUCAGUGUCCUCUUCAUCUGCCUGCCCUUUAAGGAGCUUGUGUCAGCUGACCAAUGAUUUAAAGCAGAGGGGUGCAUUUUGAUGGAGCUGCAGUGAUCUACCUGCCUUUGAGUCUAUACCAACUUUUAGAAGUCCAUGUUGGCAGUGACAGCAGCCAAAAUGAGAUCAGAAAAAAAAAGAAAAAAAAGAAUUGAACAAAAUGAGAUCAGACCAAAUCUAUUGGAAAUUUGAAAAGGCACCAUGACUCCUAGAAGCAAGAUGUGCAGCAGAGGCCACAGUGACUACAGUAGUCUUAUGGGUGAACCACACAGGCUCACAAGCUGUUGCUUUGCCUUCCCUCAGUCAACAAGUAUUGAAUAUCUGUUGGGUGAUUUAACAUCUAUUGGGUGUGCCCCACAGUGUGCUAGGGAUUGUGGAGGCCAGAAACAAAGUUGGGGACAUAAUCCCUGCCCUCAGAGUCUAUUAUCUACUGGGAGCUUUUUGUUGUUGUUGUUCAUUGCUGUAUUUUCCCAGCAUCAUCUCUCCUUUCGUUUUAUAGACUUGCCCUUUCCAAUUCCAAGCCAGAAGCUUGCUUGUCCUGUUCCCCUUUUGAGCCUCUUCCCUGUUUCCUAAGAUCUCCCCUGCCCAACAGAGAGUAUAGGAGAUUAUCAAACUGAGAAAAAAACCAAGGGAGUGCUGGGGAAGACCAGGUAUCCCCACCCCCAUUUUCUUUCCUCUUUCUCCUACACUCUGACUUAAGGUAAAUAUGGGUAGGCUGGAAAAUAUUUAGAGGGCAUGUGUGUUUUGGUUUUGUUGGGGGGAUUUUUUAACCCUAACCCUAACCCUAAUCUGUAAGGCUAUAUUUGUUAUUCAAUUUUUUAUAUUAAACCUCAAAUGUUUCUGCAUGUUUUCUAACUGAAGAGUUAGGUCUACUCCGAAGUUUGCUGUUUUGCUUUGGGGGGAAAAAGACUUGUUUUUCUCAUGGUCCACAAAGCUGGCCCUAAGAACUCUUUGGAGCCCUACUACCUAGCCUUAGCUUGAGUAGGUAGGUAGAGUGCCUUGUGUGAUUCACCAACCAGCCAGCCAAGUAGCCCACAUAUUGACUCGGAGAUUUUUCCAUCUUAUGUUUUCCCUCCAUUCCCCAGUAGUUUUAAGGAGGCCAUUCUGAAUUGCUUUUCCCAUAUUUCCCCACCACUACCACCGUAUUGUCCAUAACAGCUGGAAGGAAUGAGGUGAAGGGGCAUCAGAUCUGGCUCUUGGAGCUCUCGUGGCUAGGGUGCACGAGUGGACAAUGGAAAAGGACAAUGUCGUUGGUUCUCCUGUCUGUUGAGCUGUGUGGCAGUGUUACAUUUGUAGUGGUUUCUCUGUGUGUUCAUUUCUAAGGCCAGAUUAAGGCAAGGAAAUAUGGCAAGACAAGGCAAGAUUGGACUUGAUGUUCCUUUGUGCUCUUGCUUCUAUCUGUAAGGAAUCUGUUUUCCGCUUUAGGAAUAAGAGUCAAAUCUAGGUGUUCUAGGUGUGUCUCUUAUAAUUUGGAGUAAUUACUUUCAGUUGAGGUUUAGGCCUGUUAUAUUUUGGUGUCUACAAGUGUCCUUGGAACUUGUGAUUAGCCAGGGGAUAGCUGAUGUUGGCUCACAGCCUAGCCCGAAAGCAUGUAUUAGAGACUCCCACCUCAUCUUGGCAGUGAUGAAAAUCAAUCUGGUCUACAGAUUUGAAGAUUAUCUGAAAACCAAUUCCCAGGACACUUGGGAAAUUGUCCUGAAGCAUCCACAGGGAGGCUCCGUGGAAUGCUCUGUGGAGAGCUUCCCUUCCCAUUCCAUGCUUUUCCUACCUAGAACUUCUCCCCAAGCAACAAACGUCUCAAUAUUCUGCACACUGAAAGACUAAGUGGGCCGCUUGUAUUUUUAUUUUUUGAAUAGUUUUUUCCUUUAAAUCGGAGAUCAUCUUGUUUGACCUCUUUUGAAAGUUUAAAAUAAAUCUGGACUCUA